AUGGUUCUUUCUCAAAAGCUUCACGAAGCGUUCAAAGGCACUGUAGAGAGAAUCACAGGUCCAAGAACCGUUUCCGCCUUCAAAGAAAAAGGGGUUCUUAGCGUCUCCGAAUUCAUCAUCGCCGGUGAUAAUCUCGUUGCUAAAUGCCCUACUUGGUCAUGGGAAUCGGGUGAGCCAAGCAAGAGGAAGCCAUAUUUACCAUCUGAGAAACAAUUCUUGAUUACUAGAAAUGUCCCUUGUCUGCGCAGAGCUGCAUCUAUUGAAGAAGAAUAUGAAGCUGCCGGAGGGGAGGUUCUACUUGAUGAUGAAGAUAAUGAUGGAUGGCUAGCAACUCAUGGAAAACCUAAAGAAAUUAAAUCUGAUGAAGAUGAGAAUUUACCGUCCAUGGAAAGUCUAGAAAUCAGCGAAAAGAGUUCUAUUAAGCCAGUUUCUUCCUUCAAGGGAGGUGAGGAUGAUGAAGAUAUUCCUGAUAUGGCAGAGUUUACAGAAUAUGACAACAUUAUUGAGACUGAUCCGUCCACAUAUCUAGUAGCUCAUGAACCUGAUGAUGAUAAUAUUCUGCGUACCCGCACCUAUGACAUAAGCAUCUCGUAUGAUAAGUAUUAUCAAACACCUCGUGUGUGGCUUACUGGAUAUGAUGAGUCAAGAAUACUAUUGCAACCAGAACUUGUUCUUGAAGAUGUCAGCCAAGACCAUGCACGCAAAACGGUAACAAUUGAGGACCACCCUCACUUGCCUGGAAAACAUGCAUCUAUUCAUCCUUGUCGACAUGGAGCAGUGAUGAAGAAAAUCAUUGAUGUGUUGAUGUCACGCGGAGUUGAGCCUGAAGUUGACAAGUAUCUGUUUUUAUUCUUGAAGUUUAUGGCUUCUGUAAUUCCAACAAUUGAGUAUGAUUACACCAUGGACUUUGAUCUCGGUAGCUCUAGCAAUUGA